AUGAUGGAAACGAAAGAAUUCACAUACAAAAAAGGCAACGAAGGAGAGGAUCUCCUAGCAGACGUGCAUUGGAAGAGAGGGUCACCGGUGACAAAAACCGGACAGGGGCAUCCCAUCGCCCUCAUCUUCCACGGUGGCGGCUUCGUCCUCGGAUCCAAAGAGAUCGUUCCCAAACCACAAAUCUCCGCCCUCACGGACCUGGGCUUCCUCGUCGUCGUGCCCAAUUACCGACUCUGUCCGCAGAUCUCGGCCUUUGACGGGCCUGUCUCCGAUUCGAGGGAUUGUCUGAUAUGGGCCGUGACGGAGUUGCCGGGUCUGCUGGAGACGAAUGGAGUGGUGGAUUUCAGGAUAGACGCGACUAAGGUCGUCACGAUGGGUCAUUCGGGUGGUGGUGGGUUGGCGUUAAGGAUGGCAUCCUUCCCCGAGAUCCCAGUCCCUAUCACAGCCGUGCUCGAUUUCUACAGCGGGAAAUACUACUCCGACCGCAGCUGGCACUCCCCAAACCCGCUGUAUGUCAACGCGCCACAGACGUGGCCGGACGACGACUACAUCAACCGCAUCUACGACGUACCGCAGGUGUCCUCCGCAGACCCCUAUCUGGACAAAGAGACGCCUCCUCCACCCCGCGACGCCUGGCUGACGGCACAGCUGAAGAAGGGCUCGUGGCUCGCGCAGGUCGUCAAGGAUGUCGACUUUGAUCGCGUCGAUGCUGCCAAGGGCUUCUCGUCGACCUUCCCCCCGACCAUGUUUAUCCACGGCAAUGGUGAUACCUUCACCGAGAGCAGGAUCAGCGAGCGGGCUCACAAGGAGCUGAAGGCGCUGGGAAUCGAGACAAAGCUCCUGCUCGUGCCCGGCGCCCAGCACAUGUUUGACAUGUUGCUGAAGGAGGAAGACGACCUCUUUCAGAACUACGUGCUGAAGGGGUUGAAAUUCUUGGCCGAAAAGGCCGGAUUACAGAAUCAGGAAUAA